CUGCCAGCCAGCGAUUGCGAGCGCCGAGCGGAACAGCGCGCCAAAUUUGACAACAGCUCCGCGCCCAAAAACAUCAUGGAGGAAGCAAAUCUCGCCUGCAGAACUCCUUCCCACACGAUGGCCUUGCGCCAGAGGAGGCCCCGAAACGUCGAAAAUGAUACCUUGGGAUCUCCGGUAGUCGCUAGGCCCUCAUCUGGCUACGAGGCGGGCUUGAUCGGCGAGAGAUCGGCGCUGAAUGCCGUCUCGCUGAACGUGGGUUUGACGGGUUUGGUACCGAGUCUGGAAUCCAAGGCGGGUCGGCAACUGCGGACCGUCAAACGGGCCUGGGGCACGUUCAAAGCGAAAAUGAAGCCCUCGGGUAGGAGAGGCAACGGCCGAGGAGCUAAGCGCCAUCUCCUUGAUAUCACAGUCACUGCCAACCCGCGGACACCAGAGGGCGUGCUGCGCCUGAUGAACUCCCCGCUUCCUUUGUCGGCCAUCAGCACGCCCAGCAGCUUGCAUCGUUAUCGCGAUCCGGUGGUGGUGACUCCCAGUACCCCGAUGAGCGCAGUCAGGAGGUCAGAAAGAAUCGCCAGACGAACGCCGACCCCUAUGAAGAUGACAUCAUCACGUGUCAUACAUAGGCAGAUGCCAAGGAGACUGCAGAGCCCAGGAGCAUUGACGAGUGAGAUAAACAGGGUGACCUCUCAGCUGGAUGCGCUGACACAGGGUAUGAGUGUCUUUGAAGCCAUGGAGACAGGAAUCACCAAGUCCAUUGCCAGACAAGAAAGUUCUAUGGAACUACAGACCGAAUCAAAGAAAGACGAGUCGGCCAAGAAAGAACUGAAAGGCAAACGAACCAGCAGCCUGACCAGUCUGAAGGAGAACUUUCAGAAACGCUUGAAGAAACAAACCACUGGUGGGGAGACUAGUGCAGAGGAGACUCCUGGAGACAAGACUAAGACUGAUGCCAGCAAUGGAACUUCAACUGUAAAGAUGCAGAAAGGCCGGCGCGAGAGCAGCUUGACAAACCUGAAGAACAGCCUGCAGAGAGGUGUUCGAACAAGAAAGGGGCAACACCCGGCAACAGAUGAGGAGCAGAUGAACGGUUACCUUGACGACGCUGAUGAAGAUGAAGACGCACCGCUUAUGAUGUAGUUAAUGUUGAAAAUGAGACAUGUGUCUGCUGUGGACUACGUGCAUAAGUACCCCCCCCCCAGUUACAAAUUGAAAGUUUAGGAAGGCCAGUGGGAAGGACUUAAACGGGCAAUUCCAACAUUGUGAAGGGAAGUGGAAUGUAAUAAGUAAGAUUUGAGG